CCGGGCGGGAGGGCGGGCGGGCCGCGCCUGUCAGCGGGGCGGCGGGAUGGCGGCGCUGUACGCCUGCACCAAGUGCCACCAGCGCUUCCCCUUCGAGGCGCUCAGCCAGGGCCAGCAGCUCUGCAAGGAGUGCCGGAUUGCUCAUCCCAUUGUUAAAUGCACUUACUGCAGGACGGAAUUCCAGCAGGAGAGCAAAACCAACACGAUAUGCAAGAAGUGUGCUCAGAACGUGAAGCUCUAUGGCACACCAAAACCCUGCCAGUACUGCAACAUCAUAGCAGCAUUUAUUGGAAACAAGUGCCAGCGUUGCACCAACUCAGAGAAGAAGUAUGGCCCUCCUCACUCGUGUGAGCAGUGCAAGCAGCAGUGUGCAUUUGACCGCAAGGAUGACAGGAAGAAGGUGGAUGGAAAGCUGCUGUGCUGGUUGUGCACACUGUCCUAUAAACGAGUCCUGCAGAAGACCAAAGAGCAGUGCAAACACCUGAGCAGUUCUUCCCGAGGCAGCCUGCAGGAGAAGGAGCAGUUCAGUCGGCUCAGCAGUGGCAGCCACUAUAACAGCCAGAAAACCUUAUCCACGUCUUCCAUUCAGAAUGAAAUCCCAAAGAAGAAAGCCAAGUUUGAUGCCAUAUCUGCCAAUGGUGACAGCGUUCCUUCCUCUCCCGAGAUGCUUUGCCCCCUUAUCCAGAGGGCCCCGUCCACGUUGGCGCAGUGGGCUGCUUCCCAACAGACUCUCGGGGCCCACCAUUGUCCUGUUGCUCAAGGCAUUGACAUCCUGAAUUUUUCUCCAGACCUCGCCCUGGACUCCCCUGGCACCGACCACUUUGUCAUCAUUGCCCAGCUGAAGGAGGAAGUGGCUACUUUAAAAAAGAUGCUUCACCAGAAGGAUCAGAUGAUUUUGGAGAAGGAGAAGAAGAUCACGGAGCUGAAAGCUGACCUGCAGUACCAGGAAUCACAGAUGAGGGCAAAGAUGAACCAAAUGGAGAAGACACACAAGGAAGUCAUGGAGCAGUUACAGGCCAAGAACAGAGAGCUCCUGAAGCAAGCAGCUGCCCUGUCAAAAGGCAAGAAGCCUGAGAAGUCAGGAGCAAUAACCUCCCCUUAAAGCCAAGCCCCCAGCCUGGGAGCUUUCCCCAGCACUAGCUGAGGAGUGUGGGAGACCUGCUGGAUGGCUGGAAGCCCAGAGCUCUGCGUUGUGGACUCCAUGGGAAUCCCUGGUGCGUGUUACCUUCUGACAGCAUGCUUGAGUGUGCCCAGUGUCAGUCCAUGGGGAGAGGUCCCAGCCUUCCUAAAUCCCCCCUGAAGUACUGUUUUUUGGAAGAAAUCUUUUCCUAACCAGUUGCUACCACUGCCAGCCCUUUCCAUGAGCAAACAGGAACCUGCUGCAUUGUGGCUCCUUGCUGGUUCCCAGCCUGCUGCUGUGAGGGAAUUGCCAUGGCCAGUUGUUCUGCAGAUAAAGUGGGAGCUGCGUGUGGUGGGAGCUGGAUUUUUUUUUCCCCUUGAACUGUUCCUUCUUCAAAAGAGAGCUGAGAACUCACCAGCCCAACAGGUGUUCCUGGAGGUUGUGCCACUGCUGACAACAGCUGAUCCAGCUUUUUGAAGAUGCUUCCAAAAUGGGGGCCAUGUAUUUAUCUUGGAAGAUUUUUGUGUUUUGUUUUGUUUUUUUUUCUUAUUUUCUCUGUCAACUUGGCAACCAAACUGCCUGGUUUUGUGUUUCCUUGUUUUUAUGAUCAGAGCUUUUGGGUUGGGAGCCAAAGUGGAAUGAUACAGCCCCCAACCCACCCAGAAUUCCCCCCAGCCCCCCAGUGCCCUAGUUUUGUGGUGACCUCUGGGAUUUUGAUGAUUUCUGCAGCUUGGUGCGAUCAAGUGUCUCUUACUCCAUUUCUUCACACAGAGAGUUCAAGGCUCGGAUAUUCCCUCUCUUUCCCCUUUCCCUGCCCCUUCCAGAUGCAGGGGCCAGGUUGGCUCCAGGAAAGCACUUACUCAGGCAGCAACCCGAGCCAGGGAGUGUUUUUUGGGGCACUCCAGGGAUUUUUCUCACUGCUGAUUCCAGCAGGAUCAAAGGGCUAUGAGAGUUCCCUGUACCAGGGAUGUGCUGCCCCAAAACAGCACGGCUGCCAUGACCCUUCCAGCCAGACCAGCUGGGCUGGGCCCCCCAGGCACCUCUUUUGGGGUGAUGGUGGUGGAUAAAAAGCACUUGGAGAGGGAGCAGCACACAGCUCCAGGCUGGCAGGAGCUCCUCGACAUCCCGACCGCCAGUCAGGGAGUGGAGAAACAUCUCAGGGCUUGGAGACCCCCGAGCAGGGGCUGGAGGUAGGUGAGAGAACUCAUGCUUUUGCUGCAGGGCGGCUGCUCCGUCAGGGCUUUGAUGAAGCUUUUAACUAGAGCUUGUGGUUACUUUUUUCAUCCUUUUGUUUCUUAUUUGUUACUAAAGUUGAUUUUACUCAAAGGCACUUUUUGGGAUGAUGUUGGCUUCUGGCAUGGAAGGAGCACAUUUCAUCAGACACUGCCAUGUGUUUGUUUUUGGUUUUUCUAAGAGACUUUUGAUGUGAAAACAAGCAAAAUGAGAAAUUGUUACACUUUGCCUGAGUGUGGCAAAAACUCACCCAGUUUUAUACUUUUAGAAAAUGAACUGCAUUGGUGGGAGUUUUUUUAACUGUGGGCUUUGCUUUUUUCCCUCCCUCAACAUACAGAAAUAAAAAGAGGGAGAAAGGCCCUGUAAAUACUGUUCAGUAGAGUUUUUAAUCGUGAUAAAUUGCUCCUGCCCUUGCAUAGCUGAUUUGUAGCACCAACAUCGUUUCUUUGUAUGUUUGUAAUGAUGAGAUUUUCAAGGGGCGCUUUGAUUUGUACAAAUGACACCUGUAAAAGUGGUUUAAAAAAAUCCUCAUCUGUGACUGAUACUUUGUUUGCUUUGAAAAGGGAAAAAAAAACCAAAACAACCAGAGUACCUCUCCCUGCCUGGAGGGGAUUUAUCCUGCUCUAGGGUUGGGAGUUUGGGGAAUGAGACAAUAUUUUCCCAUUGUUUGCUUUGCUCCUACUUUUUUUUCUAUCUUUAAAUCCUCCCAUCAAGCCUGUUGCUAGGAUCCUGGUUACUUGGUUACAUCCAGCUUCCCAGGACUCAUCUGAGAUGUAUUCCUGAUCUUGGCACAGACAGAGGGACCUGCUCCUUUGCUCCUUUGGCAUGGAGGUUUUCCCUUUUCCCAUGAGAUUUCCAUGAAGAAAAUUCGGCUGCCCCUCAUCCUUUUCCAAGGAAAUCUCCAGAGGUCCAGGAGUCUAAAGGGUUUUUAGCUUUGACUGUUUUCCUUAUUCAUGUCCAGUCUCCUGGAGCUCAUGGAGAUAGCAGCUCCCUCCUGCUGCUACUCCCAGAGCAGUGAGGAUCACUGACCAGUGCAAG